AUGGGGCCCUUGAAAAAGGCAAGGCCCAGUGCAGAGCCAAUUGCCAUUAUAGGCAUGGCCUGUCGCUUACCGGGAGAAGUGAGGUCAAUACCAGACCUCCUUGAACUACUGAUGGCAAAGAGGUCAGGGCAAUGUGCAGUGCCUCGUGAGCGUUUCAACGCCGACGCCUUUUAUCACCCCAAAGGAGGAGAAAGGCCAGGUUGUAUGAAUAUGAAGGCAGGAUAUUUCAUCCAGGAAGAUGUUAGGCAUUUUGACAACAGCUUCUUUGGGAUCAGUAAUAUCGAGGCGACCUUUAUGGAUCCGCAGCAACGAAAAUUGCUCGAAGUGGUCUAUGAAUGUUUCGAAACAGCCGGUAAGACGCUUGAGAACGUGGCCGGAGCUAAUAUCGGUGUAUACUGUGGCAAUUUCGCAACAGAUUAUGAGGUUAUGCAAUGCAAGCAUCCGGAGUAUUUCCACCGCUAUAGUGCCACCGGCAAGGGCCUGACGAUCUUGGCCAACCGAAUCAGUUAUACUUUUGACCUUCGAGGACCGAGCGUUGUAAUUGAUACGGCUUGCUCAUCCACUCUCUAUUCUCUCCAUGCAGCAUGCGUCGCACUUGACGCUGGGGAAUGCGACGCCGCCAUUGUCACCGGUACAAACCUUAUUCAAUCUGUAGAACAGCAUCUGAGUACAAUGAAAGCGGGCGUGCUAUCACCGACAUCCACUUGCCAUAGUUUUGAUGCUUCGGCUGAUGGCUACGGGCGGGCGGAAGGUGUAGGUGCAAUCUACUUAACCAAGCUCAGUAGAGCUCUCGAGCACAACGAUCCUGUGCGGUCGGUUAUCUGCGGUUCAGCAGUUAACUGCGACGGCAAAACAAACGGAAUCACCCAUCCUAGUGUCGACGCCCAAGAGGCGGUGAUACGGAAAGCUUAUAAGAAAGCAGGCGUCGAAAGUUUUGAUGAAACUACCUAUGUAGAAUGCCAUGGAACCGGCACACCAGUGGGAGAUCCCAUUGAAGUGGAGGCUCUUGCUCGAGUCUUUCAGAGGUCCAGCGGGAAUCCGCUCUAUAUUGGCUCGGUCAAAUCGAACUUGGGUCACAGUGAGGCGGCCAGUGGUUUAUCUAGUAUAUUUAAAGCGACAUUGGCACUCGAGAAUGGCCAAAUUCCUGCUACUAUUGGGAUAAAGAAUGUCAACCCCAAGAUACGAGCAAGCGAGUGGGGCAUCCAAAUAGUAGAAGAUAAUUUGCCUUGGCCGAAGGCUAAGAAUGGCACAUCCCCAAAGCGAGCUAGUGUCAACUCAUUUGGUUACGGGGGUGCAAAUGCUCACGCAAUCCUGGAAUCUGCAGCCCACUAUAUCCCACAAAACUACGGUUCCCGUCCAGAUUCACUCGUUCUCUCAUCGAUAAGAUCGGCAUUCUUGGUUCCGUUAUCCGCAAAUGACCCAUCUGCCCUAGAAGCCAUGGCAAAUAAUCUUUAUUCCUUGAACCUGGCAGGGGUGUACGCUGUAGAUCUUGCUUACACUUUGGGCGAGCGCCGUACAAAAUUUACCCGUCGUGGCUACUUCUUAGUCUCCCAGUCGACAAUGGCAGAGGAUCUGAAGCCUGAAAACUUUAAAUCGACUUGCCAUGGUGGGAUUUCUACAAAGUUUCCUUUAGGGUUUAUCUUCACGGGGCAGGGGGCACAGUGGGCGCAGAUGGGUAAGGAGCUCAUUGGAGAAUUUCCCGUCUUCAGGGAAACAAUCGAGUCCCUUGACACAGUGUUACAGCAACUACCGCAUCCUCCUUCAUUCACCCUUCUUGAGGUACUUCUAGCACCUGAAGAAAUGAGUGAGAUAAACCAAGUGGGAAAGUCUCAGCCGGUCUGUACGGCUAUUCAGGUAGCACUGGUUCAGCUGUUGCAGGAAUGGGGUGUCAAACCAACAGGUGUGGUCGGUCAUUCUUCCGGUGAAAUUGCCGCUGCGUAUGCUGCUGGGUUUCUGAGCGCAGCCGAGGCGAUAUGCAUCGCCUAUUAUCGAGGAUAUGUCAUCGAGAAAUAUAUGAACUCAUUGUCUGGUGGCAUGUUGGCAGUCGCAUUUAGCAGGUCCGCAGCCGAGACAGAGAUUGAGAGCCUCCGGUUUACAGGGAGCAUCAUGGUUGCUUGUGUGAACAGUCCUGAGUCUGUUACCAUCAGUGGCGAUGCUCUGGCUAUUGAUGAAAUGUACAAGUACUGCCAGGCGAAAGGCGUAUUCGCGAGCAAGCUCCGUACAGAUGGGCGAGCAUACCAUUCACACCAUAUGGCAGCCAUAGGCAGAGAGUACGAUAAACUCCUUCAUGAAGGCAUUUCCUCCAUUUCAAAGACGGAACAAUCUCCUCCUCACCAAGCGAAGUGGGUGUCGUCUCUGACAGGAAAAGAGAUAAAUGGAUAUAUCUCUGCUUCCUACUGGCGUCAGAAUGUGGAAUCACCUGUCCGGUUUAAUGAAGCGCUUGAGGUGUUAGUGAAGGACACUGAGAUGAAUUUAGUUGAGAUUGGACCCCACUCGGCGCUGCAGACGCCAGUAAAGCAAACGAUGAGAUACCUAGGUCGAGGGGAAACAGACUACCGGUAUUUCUCUGUUCUGUCUCGGAAAACAAACAGUGUCAGAUCUCUCUUAACCGUUAUAGGUGAGCUGUUCAUGUACGGCCAUGAGAUCGACUUUGGGAUAGUCAACUACGUUGGAUCACCCCAAACCAGGAACCAGACGCGGAGGACGCAAGAUCCACCCUCCCUAGCUCUUCGAGAUAUGAGGAUUCUUAAGGCGCUUGUAAUGACAAGUGGUUCGCAAGGUCCUGAAAUAGAGCUCCUUACCAGUAUGAGACCGAAGAUAAUUUCUUCCACGAACAUUUCGGAAACAUGGUUUGAACUUGAAAUUAGCACCAUCUACGACAACGUAUUUACGGUUCACGCUACUGGGCUUGUCGGUCUGGACGGCGAAAGCAGCUGGCCAGUGCAGACUAUUUUCCCCCAGCAUAUAGACAUAGAGCCUCGGCCUACUCAAAAUUGGUAUAAUAAGCUUGGUAGGGCUGGAAUGACAUUUGGGCCAAGCUUCCAGUCACUUUUAAAGGUCCAGAACGCCAAGUAUGGGAACAUGUCAUAUUCUUCCGCAACAAUCAAGCAUUUCCCCAGUAGAGAAGACGGGCACAGUAGGCCAUCUGAAUACAUUUUCCAUCCAGUUAUUAUCGAUGCUUUGUUUCAAGCUGCAGUGAAUGCUGUGACCGAUUCAAGCGCUGAGUUUUCCGGAAAAGUGCCCGUGUCAAUUUCUUCGGCAAGAUUUCGUGUCCCUGGGCCCGAUAUGGUGGUAUCAGAACCAGUUGUGCAUGCAGCUGCCGAGUCAUUUGGCUUUGGAUCGGUGAGGGCUCAAUGUGAACUCUGCAGUAGUGUCUGUUUGGUGCAGACCACGGACGUGCGAUUUGUGCCCUAUCUGGGUGCAUCCCAGAAAGACAAUAUUGUGGAUCGACAGCCGAUGCUGAGGGCCGUUUGGAAACCAGAUAUUUCUAGGUACAUAGGUUAUGAACCAGUUAUGAUUGGGGGAGCAUUGUUGCCGACUCUUCGGAACCACCAUGGCGACGUAAAAAGCCAGGCUGAUGAUGCUGCUGCUAUAGUAGAGCUGCUCAUCCACAAGAAUCCCCGUCUUCAAAUCCUCGAUCUUCGGGUGAUGGAUGUUGAUCAGACUAAAACUCUUUUGAAGACACUGCAGAUUAAUACUUCUUAUCCGCGAUGUCAAUCCUACGAGCAAGGUUACAUCUCCGCGGCUGGUGAGGUCUAUUCAAGACCAUUGGAAGGUGCAAAUGAAUGUACUGAGUCUGUCAAGUGGACAGUUCAAAGAAUGAGAAAGUAUGAUUUGGUUAUUCUGUCAUCCUCCGGAACAUGUACAGAAGAUUUUACCAAGCACAUUUCCCAUAGCACAGCGCUCCUCAAGCUCAGUGGGAUAGUGCUGGCGACUGCCUCUUCAUCGGCAGAGUUCACACUACCAAGAGAGUUUGCCAUUACCAAAAUCGGUUCAGGUGCCAGAUGCACAGUUAUUGGAAAACAUUUACCGAUAUUAGAUAUUUCCCGAAAACGGGGGGAAAUUAUCCUUGUCGGAUGCGACGACGAAGAUCAGUUCACCAGCGACUUACAACAAACCCUUUCGGAGCACUUUAGAACGUCAAUCCCGAGAAUUUCGCCUGAUGACCUCACAAUGGACUCCAUCAAGCCCGGAUCCACUGUGAUAACGACCUUAGAAUUACAUAGAGCAGUUUUGUCUAUACUGUGUGAGGAAUCGAUGUCUCGUGUUAAAGUUAUGACCAACAAUGCGCGCAAUCUCAUUUGGAUCACAGGUGGCCCACAACUCACAGGAUCUCGGCCAGAACUUUCUCUCGUGCAGGGACUCUCUCGUGCACUCAGUUUGGAGCAUCCGGGAUUGAGAUUCUUCGUUUUCAGUACUGAAUACCCGAGAAUCCAACCUCGGGUGUCCAUCCGUAACAUUGUCACAGUGGUGGAAGAUGCCCUUGGGGCAAAGAAUCCAGACACUGAACUUCUUGAGCGAGACGGUGUGGUAUAUAUCAACCGACUUGUCCCCGACAACUCAAUGAAUACGAUAUUCCAAAAGAUCCAAUGCAAAGAACCAUACAUUGACACGCUUUCCACUGUCGGGCCUGCUAAGCUCACUAUCAAAGUCCCUGGUCAGUUUGACACUUUGUGCUUGGAACCAGUGGCUGCUUUCCAAGCGGAACUUCCCGCUAACUACGUUGAAAUAAACGUCAAGUCCGUCGGCCUAAACGCCAAAACCAUAUAUGGCUUUGCGGGAAAGGUCGAGGUCAAGGACCCUACAUCCGCCUCAGAGUGUGCCGGGGUAAUCAGUAAAGUGGGCAGCGGUGUUUCCGCUUUGGCUCCUGGCGACAGGGUAUUGGCAAUGGCACAUUGUCAGGUGUCGACUGUCGAGCGAGUCCCGGAGUGGUCGUGUGUAAAACUGUUGGACAGGGAAGACUACCAUGCAGUUUCCACCAUGCCAACCGUUUUUGGUACUGCGAUCUACGGCUUGCUGGACAAAGCGAAUCUCCAGGAGGGGGAAACCGUCCUAAUCCAUUCAGCUGCUGGCGGCGUUGGAAUUGCCGCUAUACAAAUUGCCCGCUUGAGGGGAGCAGAGAUAUUUGCCACCGUUGGGACACCCAAUAAAAAGUCCUUCCUGGUCAAGGAAUUCGGGUUAAAGCCACAAAAUAUAUUCAGCUCUCGAGAUUUGUCAUUCGUACCGGGAAUAUUAGAGGCCACAGGAAAUCGCGGUGUAGACGUUGUGCUGAAUUCAUUGACAGGAGAUCUCUUGCACGAAAGCUGGCGCCUCUGUGCCAAGUUUGGCCGCUUUGUUGAAAUCGGUAAACAUGAUUUAUCAGAUGCCGGAAAACUUGACAUGCAGGUUUUUCUCCGUUGUGCUACGUUUACGGCUUUCGACCUCACUGAGCUAUUCGGUCCUGAGAACCCCGAAUCUAGACUAACUGAACCACGGUCAGUACCAGCUAUUUGUAGCUUAAACAGAGGACCAAAGUUGUUGAACAGUAUGCUGCGAAGAAUCAUGGAUUUGUAUCGCACUGGACAAAUCAGGCCCAUCGAGCCCUUAGAAGUGUUUGACAUCUCUGAGGCCGCGCAGGCUUUCAGACAUUUCUCUUUGAACAGUCGCAUCGGGAAAGUUGCACUCUCCUUGGAAGAAAGUAACUCACUAGUGAGGAUUCUACCUCUGCCUUACGCUUGCUCAUUGAAUCCCCACAAGUCGUACCUUAUGGUCGGCUGCUUGGGCGGUCUUGGUCGAAGUCUGUCAACGUGGAUGUUUCAUCGCGGUUGUAGGAAAUUUAUUUUCCUGGGCCGGUCAGGUUUAGAGAAAAAGGCCGCCGCAGACCUAGUCCAGGAUUUGAAAUCCAAGGGUGCUAGUGUUGAAGUUAUUCAAGGAGAUGUCAGCAAAUAUGAAGACGUGGAGAGGUGCAUUCAAGCCGCCGAGGCACCACUAGGAGGGAUAAUCCUUGCUGCGAUGGGACUGGAUGCAUCCCUGUGGACCACAAUGUCGUCCGACUCAUGGCAUUCUGCUGUUAGGCCGAAGGUCAUGGGCGCCUGGAACUUGCACAAUGCAGUAAAAAACAAAGAAACGGAGCUAGAAUUCUUCUUGAUGACAAGUUCGAUAUCCGGUAUUCUUGGAGCAGCGACCGAAAGCAACUACUGCGCAGCAAACUGUUUCUUGGACAGUUUUGCUCGUUAUCGUCGCAGCUUAGGCUUGCCUGCAACAUCCAUUGCGCUUGGGAUGGUAUCAGAAAUUGGAUACUUGCAUGAGAACCCUGACGUCGAACGUCUCCUUCUUCACAAAGGGAUUCAACCAAUAAGCGAGGUGGAAUUGUUGCAAAUUGUCGACAUUGCACUGUCACAUGUGGGCAGUGCAUUUGACUGUUGCGAUCCUUACAUGUCGAGUCAUAUAAUAACUGGCCUUGAGCCCUUCACUUUCCGAAAGUUGAGGGCAAAUGGAUUCACAGUUAAUAGCCUAACCGCCCAAGACCCUCGAGCAAGUCUUAUAGAAGCUGCCUUUGACUGGAAAGAAGGCCCGUCGAAUAAGGUAGCCGGUCUUCGCUCGGGCAGUGUUGCUUCCUUGUGGAAUAACUGUGGCAAAAAGCCGAUCAAUGAAGCUAUAGUAGACCUGAUCAAGUCUCGACUCUCCGGCCUACUUUUGCAACCAGUCGAACAGAUAGAUGAGAGUCUACCGCUUGCAAGAUUUGGUUUGGACAGCAUGCUGGGGUCAGAACUCCGCACAUGGGUUUACGAAACUUUCGAAGUCGAUAUUUCAUAUUUCUCGUUAUUGUCCAACACAAUGACGUUGAACAAGUUAGGCAAGAAAUUACAAGAAGAGUCCCCCGCAGCACGGGAAUAUGAAGGAUUCAUACCUCCAACCUCCAAUACCGUACUAGGACUAGCAGUGAGCAUGUUCAAUAGACACAGAGCCGCGGCUCGAGACCAAAGGUCGCGAGCCGUCAUCGCAUGCGAGUACUGCCGCCAGAAAAAGCUCAAAUGUAGUAACGAUCGCCCAGCCUGCCAGCAAUGCCGGGCCCGUGGAAGAGAUUGUACGUACGUGGAAAACCUCAAGCUCCCACGACCAUCCAAAGCACGCAUAUCGCGUUUGGAGGAAGAAAACAAACGUCUCAGAGAUUCAUUGACCAGAUUCGAGCAGCAAAUGAGCUCGCAGCAAGUUGGUGAUACACAACGGCCAACAAUGCUUGUCUCCCCAUUGCAACAAUUGCUACCAGUGCCUACCCCAGAAUCAUGGACUGGAUCGAGGGCAAGAAAAGAGGGCGUGGCUCGUCCUCCUUACAAUGUAAAUGAUAUACCAUCAAAUUCUCAAUUCACGGGCAAAGUUGACACUAUCACGCAAUCGCAUGGACCGACAAGUGCUGUCGCCAAUGAAAUCACGUCAAACCUCGACAUGAAGUAUAGAGCACUUCCUCAGCAUGUUGAGGAACCGGAAGUUCAAAACGCAUUGUUUGCGAACUCAGCUAGGCUACGUCAAUUGGAGAGAAUCCACCUCGGUUCAAGCCAGUAUGAUUUUGACGGAGUGAAUCCCGAGAUUGCAAUGCAUCUCUUGUCGCUAUAUUGGGACCGCCAACUGGAUGUCGGUGCGGUUGUUUAUAGGCCAGUCUUCAUGAGAGAUAUGGCAUGCAAUGGGCCAUACUUCUCAAAGCUGCUUCUCAAUGCCAUAUAUUUCACCGCCUCAAAAAGCUAUGCCAAUGAGGAAGUUUUCGAUGAUCGAAGUAACCCGCUGACUGCAGGUCGAAGAUUUCGGCGACGAAUCACGGAACUGAUUGGGGAUCAUAUCAAUACUAGCGAAAUAGCCACAGUGCAAGCUCUUCUUCUAUUCUCUUACUCCUUAUUUAACUGGUGUGAUGAGAAAAGUCUGUCUUGGCUAUACUCUGGAAUGGCUUUCAAUAUGAUCACCGAUUUAGUCAUCGACAAAUUCUUGUCAUUAUAUCAGGGAAGAUGCAUUCGUUUGCGAGAUGCUGACACGACCUUGCCCUUACGGAUUCUCGACGAAUAUGAGGAAUAUGAGACAUUAAAUAUGUCGUCCUAUGCGAGCCUGAAAGGGGUUUCGGAUUCUCCUGCGUAUAACAUCUCAAUUCUGAAAAGUUACUGCUCUCUUUCCACCAUCAUGUCUGGCAUACUGGACACUCUAUAUGCAGAGCGCAGCACCACCAAGAACCCAGCUACUCUCUUCGAGGCUUCCUCAUCCCUAUACCGCCAGCUGCAGAGCUGGCUUAAGGCUCUCCCACCCAUCCUGAAGACCCCCCUUUCGGAAAUACCUAGCAACAUUGUAUCGCCGCACAUCCUUGCGCUGGGGUAUGUAUAG